GCGUGUGGCUGAUUUGGAAACGGAUGCACGAGGAUUCACACACACACAGAGCUCUGGUGGCUGCUGGAUGUUGCGUGCUGAAUUGCUUUGCGCACUGCGCUGAGCAUCUGCCCCUUGCUGUUGGAUUGUUCUCUCCUCCCCUCUCAACAGCUGCCUAGAGUUGGACGUUUCUCCCUCUCUCCUCUUCUUCAUUUUCCUGGCACAGAUCACCAGGCAAGUGGCAAAGCAGAUGCCGUCUGAUAGCCUGGAGCCUCGGGGGGACGUGCCAGCUCUAGCCGGCUUAUCCUAGGAGCGUCUUUGACACACUGAGCUGCAGAUGGCCUUGAAAUCUCACUGACAGGCGAAAGGGGAAAUCGAGUCACACCAAAGCGGCCUCCUGCCCUGGUACCUGCCCCUGCACGCCCGCUCUACGAGCCAUGGAGGCCACCGACGUGCCGGUGGGGAACCUCAUUGACUUUGAUUCCGAGCCCCCUGCCUCUGUCCCCGCUGAGUCCCCUCCCUCGCCCCCUCAACCCUCCAGCGGCAAUGAGUUACUGGCGGACCUGGGGGAUCCAGCGGCUGUAGGAGAGGAGAGCGACACCACAGAGUCGGCCGACAGUGAGAACGACAUGGGGGAUUCGCCCAGCCAUCACAGCUGGAACAACUACCGUCGCUCCUCGUCCAAUGAGUCCUUCUCGUCCAACCAGAGCACGGAGUCAGCCAAGGACGAGGUGAUGGUGGAGCGCCGGGAGUUCAUGAGGCAGUAUGUGGAGAAGAUCUUCAGUGGGGGGGAGGACCUGGACCAAGAAGAGAAGGCCAAGUUUGGGGAGCUGUGCAGCGGAGAGAACGGAAAAGGCAGGGAGUGGUUUGCAAGAUACGUCAGUGCUCAGCGUUGUAACUCCAAGUGCGUCUCGGAGCAGACUUUCUAUCGGCUGGUGCAGUCCUUUGCGGUGGUGCUGUUCGAGUGUCACCAGAUGGAUGACUUUGGUCCUGCCAAAAAUCUAAUGACCAUGUGUUUCACUUACUAUCACAUCGGUAAAGCCCAGGCGCUGCCCUCAGAAGCUAAGGAGAAGCCCAUGGGGAGCAUCGACUCGUACCUGAAGUCAGCAAACAGCUGGCUGGCUGAGAAGAAAGACAUUGCCGAGCGACUCUUGAAGAACACGUCAGCGAAGACUGAGAAUGUGAAGGGCUUCUUCGGGGGGCUGGAAACCAAGCUCAAGGGACCCACGGGCAAGAAAAGCGAGGAAGGGGAAGACAAACCGAAGGAGAAGCUGCAGAAGACAGUUUCCUUGUACAGCCCCGAGGAGGAGGAGGAGGAGAAGAAGGGAGAGAAGAUCUAUUUAUAUAUGCACCUGAAGCAGCAGCCUAUCUGGCACACCCUGAGAUUUUGGAACGCAGCCUUUUUCGAUGCUGUCCAUUGCGAGAGGAGGAAGAGAUCUCCCACCACCAGAGGGAACACUGGAGAGGAAGAGGAAAAGAGGGAGAAGUGGUGUCACAUGACCCAGGAGGAGCGUGACGACAGCCUACGAUUUAACGAGAACAUCACUUUUGGGCAGCUUGGCACCUUCACUCACAACAUGUUGGCGUUCGGCCUGAGCAAGAAGCUCUGCAAUGACUUCCUGAAGAAGCAGGCCGUGAUUGGCAACCUGGAUGAAGAGCAAAACAAGCUGCUUACUGAUCACAUUGAGCAAAUGGCUGCUGAAUAGCCGUCUGGCCCGUGUCCGGCGUUUGGAGAGAGGCGGAGAGGCGCGGCAGUGGGUGUGGGUGCGGAGUGGGAGGACGACUCUUCCUCCUCAGAGACCACCCGCAACUGAAGAUGGGCUACGUAAAACCACCACAAUAAACCUGCAUGAUUGUCAGCAAACCUUAGAGCUGCGCCGUGCAGCCCGUAGAAAUAGGAGCUCAAACAAAACCAACCCUUUUCAGAUGCUCCUUCGUCCCUGAGCCCCGUCACAUUGUCCGAGUCGAAUAUUCCAAGAGGUGUUUUUGUCUGUAAAAUGGAGUAACUGCUCAAGAUCCCUGUGUGUUUGUGGGCUCGGGGAAGGGGCAGGAUUGCUGUAUCCCAGGCACCCAGGAGGUGCCUUGCACUGGCCAUGCUGCUGAAAACUUUGUUUCCUGAUGUGACUGCUUCAGUAGCCAACAGCUGAUGAGGUCAAGAGAUACUCUAGGCAGGGUGGGGGGUUGGAUGUAAAGGGUGGGAAUUAAAUGGUAGCACUGCGUGCUUGUUACUUUAGAAGGUUGGUACCCAGUGGCUAAUCCAGGUGAAAACAGGACUCUAAGCCCCCCCAGCUCAGAGAUCAAGAGUUGUACCCUCCUUGUAGUGUGUCGUGCGUUGAAAGCUUAUCCACAACAGGUGCACCCUGCGUUUUGCUCUGGCAGAUUAGCAGCUGCUGCGAUAAGAACCAGCCUUGAGAUCAGAGCGAUCUGUCCCAUCAUCUGGUUCGACCUACUGUUCUGCAGUGAGAUGGGCUGAUGCCCUUGCAGUUUGCACAGCCCUUCCAAAGGAAACAUUGAUUGCUUCCAUUAUUGGGGCUAGAGAGGGAGAGAAUUCUUUAGUGACAAAAUCUGGGCAGAUGGGACCGCUCUGGGAAAGGGUAGGAGACUGAUUGUGGAGCCGCAGGUAGUCUGAUUUUUGUGUCAAAGUGCAUUUUGUUAUCUAUCUGAAAACAUCCCUCUUGGUCUGGGCGAUAGGCAGGCAGGCAGAAACUCCUGCAGAACUUUCUGCUGCAGUCAGAGCAAUGCAGUAACUGGCUAGCCAGCCCCCCUCCUUCAAUACAAAGAUUCUUCCACGGUGACCCUUUGAGAACAUUAUUGUAUUCGCUUCAAGGAAAGCGGGUGAAGUGUGUACAUCUCAGUAUGAGGGCAAAUAAAGGAACUUCCUUAGUAUGCUCGAUAGACUGGUGGCAGCCUUGUUCAGGGAAAUCUGUAGUGGUCCACAGCCGUCAGCUGAAGAGAGGAGGAAAGGGGUUGCUUUGCUUGGGUUCUGUUGGUAGAGCUGGUGCAUUUCCUCUCGCAGAUUCGAAAUUGCUCUGAAAAUCCUCCCAAGUGACGCCUUCCCACCAGGAGAUGGUCAGCAAUGGCAGCUGCCCACCCCCCUAGAGCUUCACCCCAUUUCAGUUUGCUUGGUGGAGCAAUGGAGUGUAGUUCAAGGCUUGGACAUGGAAAUAUAGGGGAUGAGAGUCUGGCCCCCAGAUGGGGGAGUAACUCGGGGGCAGGAGACACACCAGAAAUGAUUGGAGCAUGGUGUGUCCUUGUGACUUGCCCCAGUACAAAAGAAACCCAGGUUCAUUUUCCUGUUAACCACCGCUUCCAGCCACCAGUUUUUCAGACGUACCAGACCGGACUGAUGCACGUCUGUCUGUACUUUUAAAUAACACUUCCAGUGCAGGUGCUAGUGAGUCACUCGGCCUCUGGGCUUUCUGCGUGCCACGCUACAGAUCGUGCUGUUCUUGUUCCAAGUGGAAACGAAAUAUUAAUCUUAUUAUUUUCCCACAAAUUUAAUCAUCCUCCGUUCUCCUUCCUGACCCCUCCCAUACCAAUCAGCUUCAUGAGCCAUCCUGAAAAGGCCUUUUGUAAAUACUCAUUUUAUUCCUGGCCUUGUGACUCCAGCCUCCUGGAUAUAUUGUAAUCAGUAGAGCAGAGUACACAGACUUUCAUUUCUUUCUGGGUCCCUUGUUACCAGUGUGGCAUGCAGCGUGCGUCAGUGAAGCUUGGGUGUCAAGUGUUUAGAGAGGGAUGGAGUGACUAGAAUUAUCCAGGUAUAAUGUUGGUGACUUUAAAAGAGGCCGUAGGCUUUACUAAUAAACCUUUUUUUUGGUAGGGGCAGAUGGCUCGAUAAAAAUGAGAACCUUGUAGCAAAACUCAGGGACCUUAGAGAUCAAUGCUGGAAUUUCUUCUAGAAAAGCCUUAUGCAAGGGAAAUGGGAUUGCUUCUCCUGUGGGAACAUAAGGCGUGUCGAAAGCCCAUGUUAAAGGCUGUGGAGCACAGACACAUGCAAAAGGCAGGCAAGCUUUGAGCCCCUUCACAUGCUCGGUGGCUGUCAAGCGAGGAUUUACAGCCUAGUACUAAUUUACAAUAGAAAUCGUGCAGUUGUCUACAUGAAAUGCUGCUUGUGUUGUGGUGUUCAGGUGAUCAUUUUGCUGUGUGUGUUCAAUGCUUUGUGUCCCCUCAAAAGUAUUAUCGUCGCUGAACUCUGUUUACAUGAGCCUGCGUUUCAAGGGAUGUUUGUCCGGGGCUGCUCUGUGCUGUCGGUUACGUACUGUAAGAUUCAUAGUGUCGCAGGUUUGUUUUAAUGCUGCCUCUUGACUUGUUGGCCCUGCAGUGUAACUUCCUAAAUCUAUAGAAGGGUAUUUAACAUCGUGAGUGACCUCUCUGCCAAUAUUCCCAGUCAUGUUGAGAUUUUUAAAUGUGCUGUGUGAUUCUUCCUAGCCCCCAAAGCAAGCCAGUAAUCGUAGACUGAUGCUCAGGAAAUGAAAAAAACGUCCUACGUAGAUGUUUGUAAAAGUGCUAAAGUCUCCUCGGCGUGUCGGAAGCAGCGGCAUUUGGGGUUGGAUAUGCGACCAGAUAUUGUGGUGUUCAUGAGCUCUGGGGCAGAUUGCAAAUGCAGUAGAUCUGCCUCUUCUGAUCCAUGCCAGUUUUGAUGUGUCCAUGUUGUCGUCAGUUACUUACUACUAAGACUUGUUGUUCAUCAUGCGUUAAUAGGAAAAGUCAGUGCUUCGGUCCUGGGUUAAAAGGCAGAAGUCACGACUAAGUGCAAAUGAGAGAGAUCCCAGAGCAGUCUAAGGAGAAUGUGCUCUAGGAGGUGGGUUUUUUGCAAUAUUAAGUGGGAACAGCUGAGUAGCACAAGGCAGUAAAGCCCUCUGUGUUCCCCACAGCUCCCAGAGUCGCCUCUCUUUGCCCAUGCUAGCUAGCUAACUCCCUUGACACCCACAGCCCAGUUGCCAAGUGCACUCGCCCACUGUCACAAUCCCCUGCCUCAGCCCUUUCAGGUCAGAGCUGCUUUGUGCCAAGUACACCGCCGGGGAAUACUGGGCGAGCGGCCCUGGUCACUGCUCUCUUGCGAGGCUCCUGAGACUCCCCUCCCCUGUGGAAUGCGGGAGAGCUGGGGCAGUCAGGCUCCCAGAAAGCUUGGCAGAUGCUUCCCAAUAACCCCUCUCUCUCGCUCGGAGACACCCAAGGAGGGGGUAAGAGGGGAGUCGUGCCAGCGUUGCAGGGUGCUUGUCCCCACUUGGAAAAGAGGCAGACACCCUGGAUCCAGUGGCCAUCCAUGACAGGUGGCCAGCCUGACUCAUAGGGCUGUAUCUCCUCUCCUGUGCCUGUCCAGCAUAUGGACGCAAAGGUCAGCUCCUUGCUUGCUGUUGGAUUGGGAGCAGUCACCUUCCAUCCCCACUCCCCCUCGGCUCCAGGGUCUCCAGAGUGCUCUGCUGGAAGCGAGGCUUGGUUCUCUGCUGAAGUUAAGUUAGGAGACCACUGUCUGCGGACCAGCCAGCUGGUUUGGAGGGAGAUCUAGACCCCACUAGCCAGGGCCAGCAAAAGCACUCAAGCGAUAAGCAAAACUUUAAGCAAGUGACUAGACCUACUGACAUCACAUGAUUAAAGUUGCACACAUAGGUAUGUAAGCACUAGCGGGCUCAGAGCCCCCAGCCCCGGUGACCUUUCCCAUCAGUUGUUUUAGUUUAUGAACUUUACCCCCUUUCUUCUUCAAAGCUGUGUCUUCGGGGGUAACCUCCUGCCCCUCAGCACCAUGCAAGGUCAUGUUGGCGCGAUGAGGAUUUUAAUGUCCUGAGAUUCAUCUCCGUAGCAAGGAAUUGCUGAGUCAAACCCUUCCCGUAAUUACCGGCCUUGGGAGCUGCAGCACCUGUUUAAAAAAACAAUCAAACUGUGACAGCCUUAAGGCUUCAGAAAUGAGCUUUGCUACGUAGCUUUUCCUUCCCCAGGCGCCCCAGCGCUACCCUCCAGAUCCAAGUAGAAAUGAGUUGACUUUGAUGUGCGUCAGUGUCUCUGGCAUAGGCUGAGCCUUGCAUAUCUGAGCCAAAGUAAAUACAGUGAUGAGUGGGGGGUUGGGGCAGCGGCGAGACCCAUUCUAAAAUCCCCUCCCGGCCGCAUGGAGAAGGGGCUUUGGCAAAGUCAGUUCCAGGUUUGUGUUGCUCAAGCUGUGGAGGCUGGUUUUAGAUUUCACCUUGGAGAUGCAGUAGAAGUGAUGAAGGCCCUCGUCUUCGCUAGCCUGUCAGGGAAAGUAACCCCAGCCGAGAUGACCAGCACCCCAAGACAGCGCUCAGCCUGGGAGAGAGAGUUUGACAAAUUGGCCUGUUUUUCCCCUUUUGAGAUCUCUCGAGACACACGAGGGCUGAUUGCAAACCUCCAAGGUGGAAUGAGAAGGGUUCCGAUCUGUGCAAAUACACAGGGGUUGAGCCCCUUGCUCUGAAGUGUGCAGCAUUGCCAAGCAUCUCAAUUGUACACAUUACUUUUAGUACCUAACCCCUGGGCGGACUCCUGUGGGACGUGCUUAUCUGUAAUUGUGCAAAUGUGGUCCUGAACUUGGGGGAAAGCCAGGCCAAAGAACUGGGAGCACACACACUGCUCCAUCCUGGUUCCCAAAGGGGGGAUGAAUUUGAAUGUUGCAUCGCCUAACUAAAAUUCAGUGGUUGUCGCUUUCCCAAGGACUGGUGGUAUGGGCUGUAUUAGCCUAGAAUUGUAUUGUUUGGGGAGAAAUCACUGCUCUGGGAAUGUAGCCUGCACUUAGAAUUUUAUUCUGCUUAUUGGUGAGUUGAUGGACAUAGGGGCAGCUCCAGCAGUGAACGCUCCACCCUUGGCUGGUAGCGGAUGAUCGUCAAAGUGUAGCGUACAGUAUGUCUGAUCUCAAUAUCUCUCUCAUUUUUUCCUUUCCCGAAUUCUGCUGUUUUCUUCCAACACUAGAAAAGUUUAGCAGUGAAAAUGUUAUUUGCACGUGUAUUUUUUCUAAAAAAUAUAAAAAUUAAAAAAAACUAACAUAAAUGCAAAGAAAAUGUUUAAAUGUAUUGCCCCAUGUUACAGAAUGUUUGCUUCCAUUGGGGUUCUAAAUGCUGUAUUUUACUCUUUAUAUAAAUAUAAUUAUAUAUAUAUAUAUUUGGUCUCAGUUUGACUUUGACACUGUAUUUAACACUUACUGCCAUAUCGUGCUGAGGGUGAUUGUUAGACAAUUGAUGUGUUUUACUGGGAUUAUGUGACUUGAUUUCCCAAGGGAUCUUGGUUUAAGGAUUUGUUUGAGAAUAUUUUAAGCCUGCAGACUGAGAGGGUUAAAUAAUGCAUUCCUGUUUUGGACUGUGGUGAGGGAUUGGAAUAAAUUGUCUGUAAACGCCCUUUCUCCCCGCUCCCAAUCAACUUCCUUACAUUUAGCACAUCACUGUAUAUUAAGCGUGAGGAGUGGUUUGGUUUUUGUAGCAAUAUCAGUGCAUGAAGAAGCAAUGUUCCCAUUCUCCCCCCCCUUUCCCCAUCUGAUUAUUUGCAAUAUUUCCCCAUCUC